GAGGAAUUCAGUCCUGUUUAAAUGGGAAUCUAAAGCGCAGAGAGGAAAAGGGACGCAGAUAGAGAAUCCAGGAGAGGGAACAGACACAAAAAAGUGGAGACAGAUUUAUUUUACGCACGGGAAAAACAGGGGAAACGAGUAGGAGAAAAGGAAAGGAGGAGAGAGGAAAAGAGGCAUCGGUUUUUUUCCUCUAAAUUUGGCUCUUUUCACUCUCAUGACUCAAAGAGGAUUCCAGUUAAAUUCACCCGGUCGGGAGGAAUUGAUGGUGUCUUUUCGGGGAAGCAGAGCCGAGGGGAGGAAUCUGAAUGCGCUCGGCUGAACCAUGCCAGCCCUGUGGAUCAUAACUUUGGCGAUCACUUUGAACCAAGUGUGGUGCAUUCGCUUCUCGCAGGAGCCUGCGGACCAGUCCGUGGUACUGGGAGAACGGGUGGUGCUGUCCUGCGUGGUCUUCAACUACAGCGGCAUCGUCCAGUGGACCAAGGACGGGCUGGCCCUUGGCAUCGGAGAGGGUCUCCGAGCCUGGCCCAGGUAUCGCGUGCUGCGGGCUCUGGACAUCGGCCAGUACAAUCUGGAGAUCUCCAAUGCCGAGCUGUCUGAUGACUCUCUGUACGAGUGUCAGGCCACAGAGGCCGCGCUGCGCUCCAGGAGGGCCAAACUCAAUGUACUCAUCCCCCCUGAGGACCCGGUGGUUGAGGGGUCCCCGGAGCUCCUGCUGAUGGCCGGGACUCCGUACAACCUGACCUGUGUGACCCGCGGGGCCAAGCCUGCAGCUCACAUCCAGUGGACCAAGGAUGGAGUCUCUGUGGAGGGGGCCUAUCAGUCCACGGAAGUGCUACCAGACAGAAAGAGGGUGACGACCAGGAGCUACCUGCCCAUCACACCUAUUGACACUGACAGCAGCCGCAACUUCACUUGUGUGGCCAGCAACCCGGCAGUGCCAAUGGGCAAACGAGCCACUGUUAUGCUCAAUGUUCACCACCCUCCUAUGGUGACCCUGUCCAUCGAGCCUCGCUCCGUCCUGGAGGGCGAGAGAGUCACAUUCACCUGCCAGGCCACUGCCAACCCUCCCAUCAUUGGCUACAGGUGGGCAAAAGGUGGCGUGCUGCUGGAGGGGGCCAGGGAAAGUGUGUUCGUCACUACGGCAGAUCACUCGUUCUUCACUGAGCCCGUGUCCUGUCAAGUUUUCAACGUUGUGGGAAGCACCAACGUCAGCAUCCUAGUGGACGUGCACUUUGGCCCAAUACUUGUGGUGGAGCCCAGGCCAGUUACGGUAGAUGUGGACUCUGAUGUCACUCUGAACUGCAAGUGGUCUGGAAACCCCCCUCUCACCCUCACCUGGACCAAGAAGGGCUCCAGCAUGGUUCUCAGCAACAACAACCAGCUGUAUUUAAAGUCAGUGAGCCAGGCAGAUGCAGGCCAGUAUGUCUGCAAGGCCAUCGUGCCCCGGAUUGGAGUGGGAGAGACUGAGGUUACACUCACUGUCAAUGGCCCUCCCAUCAUCUCCAGUGAUCCAGUCCAGUACGCCGUCAGAGGGGAGAGAGGAGAGAUCAAGUGUUACAUUGCCAGCACCCCUCCACCUGAUAAGAUUGUUUGGGCAUGGAAGGAGAACGUGUGGGAGAAGGAGAAGGGAACCUUGAUGGAGAGGUACACUGUGGAACAGAGUAAACCUCCAUCUCAGGGCGGGGCUGUCCUCUCCACCCUCACCAUCAACAACGUCAUGGAGUCCGACUUCCACUCGCCCUACAACUGCACCGCCUGGAACUCCUUCGGACCCGGUACCAUGAUCAUCACUCUGGAGGAGACGGAUAUCGUUCCGGUGGGAAUUAUUGCUGGUGGUACGGUGGGCUCCUCCAUUCUGCUGCUUAUGUUUCUACUGGCACUUGCCUUCUUCCUGUACCGCCAACGCAAAGGCAGCCGCCGAGGUGUCACCCUCGGUAAACCAGACAUCAAGGUAGAGACGGUCAACAAAGAGACCCACAGCCUGGAGGAGGAGGCGGCCGAUGUCUCCACGGCAACCCGGAUGGUCAAGGCCAUGUACUCCCCGUUCAAAGACGACAUGGACCUGAAACAGGACAUCAGGAGCGAGAGCAGCGACACCAGGGAGGAGUACGAGCUCAAGGAUCCAACCAAUGGCUACUACAACGUCCGAGCCACCACCCAUGAUGAGGCGCGCCCCCAGUCCCGUGCCAUCCAUUACCAGGGCGAGUUCCGCUCCCCGAACCCAAGCAGCGGACCAGCAGGUGCCACUUCCAGCGGACCUCCAGCCGGCGCCAGCGGUGCAGUUCCCCCCAGUGCAGUUCCAGGCUCAAGGGCAGGUUGCUAUGACCCCCGCCCACCUUCGAGGAUGUCCCAUGCAACUUACGCCCAGUUCAACACCUUCACCAGGGUGGCGCAGAGCCAGCAAGCUCCUCCCAAUCCAGCUCUUCAGUCGCCUGGAGAUUACCCCGGAGACUGCGGCCUGCUGGACAGCACAACCCAGCUGGCUUAUGACAACUACGGAUACCCCUCACAGUAUCCCAGCUACCGAAUGGGCUUUGCACCACCCAUAGAGGAAGGGCCAGCCUAUGAGAUGUAUCCAACAGGACAGGGGACCGGCCCAGGACCAGGUCCAGGGCCUGGACAACAAAGUCCUGAAACAGGGCUGGGGCAGUACGGAACCUCCACUCGCUUCUCGUAUUCGUCUCCACCCUCUGACUAUUCCCAAAGACACACACAGCGGAUGCAGACUCAUGUUUGAGAAACACACACUCUUUGACUUGCUUUUUGCAGC